AUUCCUGCUGUAGCCGUUGCCAUCAAUAUAUUUUAUAAAUCACGCUGCGCGCUCAGUCUUCGCCGAGCGCGCUUAGAGGACGGACUCUGCGUUCGAUCGUCCGGCGUGCGUUUCGUUCGCGAUAUAGAUAGUUCCGAGUAGUCUGUACACUGAGCCAAUAAUUUAAACCAGUAGGUAUUUUCCUAGAAUAGACCGUGAGCAUUUGACUAUGGGCAGAAAACGUAAGAACCAAACUUUUGGAAAAGUGAAACGCAAAUCUGUGGCGGCCAUAAUAAAAAAGAAGAAGCAAAUGGAAAUGUGUAAUGUGGAUUUAACGACUCCAAAGCCUAAUAGGAAGGCGGCAUUUCGACCUAAAACCCUAGCAUUCCUUUGUAAAAGAGUAAUCAUUAAAUACAAACUCCAACCCGAGAAAAAGAAGUUUACAACUCCUGAGACAUUUUCCGUUGUUGGUGGAAAACCUUUAAGAAAGAGAUCAGUAAAACCACCACCAGCAAAGAAAGAAAAGAAAGGAAAAAAUCCAGAAAGCCUAGUGGCGCUUUGCCAAAUUGUCAUACAAGAAUACAAUCUUUUACCUCAAUGCGAAGAGACUGAACAACCGGCAUCUAACCAAUUACUAAUUAAAAAAAACGCACCUUCGAGAAAACGGGGAAGACCGCGGAAGCCAGAAUCAACUAAGCCAAUUAGGGAAACAAAACAAAAAAAGAGGGGAAGACCACGUAAAGAUCAGAUAGCUUCAAAUGAAUAUGGCGAACCUUCCAUUAAUUACUCGACUUUUCUGGCACAAUCACAGGAUAUAAGAAACAUUAAAGUAGAACAAGACCUCUUCUUGGACCGGCCUCCUGAAGACGAUCCUUUACAACAAGGUGAAGAUGAAUACACAAUUUUGAUAAAAGAAGAACCCAUCGACAUUGAACAUGAUGAACUUGCUGGGCGUGUUCCCAUCACUAUCGAUGUUCCUCAGGCUACAGCUCAAGGAAUAGUUAUAAACCCAAUGGCCCAAGUAGAGGUACCUGGUCCUUAUGGCCGGAUUACAGAGCCAAAAAAUAUGACCGUAGUCAUGGAUGAAUACCAGAUAUUUGCCAACAGUGUAGCUGAACAAUUACGAGCAUUGCCUCCUAAUAGAGCACUACUGCUGCAACUUGAUAUUCAAUCUAUGAUCGAUAAUGAAAAACAGCUUAUUGGACAUGAAAGUUAAUGUGAUACGUGUAAAAAAAUACAUGUGAUAUCAUAGUUUAUUAAUACUGACAGUGCUCAAAGACUGAUUAUAUUAUUAGACUGGUUAACUUUCAUCAGUGAUUAAUAUUAUUAUUGCAUUUCUUCAAGUGUCCCCAUUUAUAUUUUAAGUGCAUUGUGAUACUCUUUGUUUAAUAUCUUUUAAGUUUUUGUAUUGUGUAGCUAAAGAACUUUUCUUUUUUCGAAGGAAAAGAAGAUAUCGACACUAAAAUAAUUGCAUUGUCAUUUGUGUUACAUGAUCAGGUGUCGGCCAUGUAAAGUAAAUAUUGUCAGAGUGAUUUUGUUCAGUUAUUUAAGAAAAUAGCGUGCAUUCAAAAUGUUCGUUGUAUUCUUGACUGCCAAAAUGGUUUACAGAAUACAUUAUUUUAAAUUUA